AUGGCGAUUGGUAAUAUAGCAGCUAGGUAUCUAAGCUCCCUUGAAGAGACUGAUACCACCACUACCACCACAUCUAAUGUUCUACAGCCGAGUAAUAAAAUAAACUCCCCAACAAAAUUUAAUAGGAAAAGUCUUGACAAUAAUAGUCAAGAUUUGGAUGCAUUGGCAAGAGCUUUGAACAUUACACCAAGUAAACCAGAGACUUCUACUUCAAUCUCGAAAGGUUCGGCAACAUCACUAUUAAGAACGAAAUUUGAGUCCCCUUCUGCUACUGUCUCCUCGUUCAAAUCAACUAGCUCAAGUAAUGGAACCUCACCAACUAAGAGAACCCACUUCGUUGAAAUCACAUCUGAUGAAACUCCCAGUUGGGCCAACAAAAACUAUAAAGACAUCUUAAACAAAUCACCAACAAAAUUUAAUACCCAAUCCAAUAUUCAUACCCCAUCAAAACAAUCAAACCAAAAGUUCGGCACCCCAUCAUCAUCAUCCUCUCCAGCAAAAAAUGCUUCCAAAAGCUCCCCUGGCUAUGAAUAUUUAUGCCGAAUUGAAGCAAUCAAACAAUGGUUACAACUGGUCUUGCAAGAGCAAAUCAGUCAAUCCGCCUCUCAAUUAAUAUCUUAUAUUCGAAACGGAAUCCACCUUGCUAAAUUAGCUAAUGUUGUUUUGCCCACUUCGAAACUGGUAUUUAUGAAUGAUAGUAAACUUCAAUUCAAGCAUACCGAAAAUAUCAAUCGAUUUUUCCAAUUGUUGGAUUUUUUCAAUAUGCCAGAUUUGUUUCGAUUUGAAUUAACCGAUUUAUACGAUGCAAAAAAUGUCCCUAAAGUGUGGUUUUGCUUGCAUGCCUUGAGUUAUAUUUUGCAUAAACAAGACCCCCUGUAUCCUCAAAUGAACAAUUUGGUAGGCAAAGCUGAUUUCAGUGAUGAUGACAUUCGAACUGCCAACCGGGCACUAGUUAAUUCUCCAUUACCAAACUUUUCUAGUGCUGACACUGGUGAAGGGAAAAGUGAUAGUAGCAAAAAUAAUAAUAGUGGUACUACAAGUGCCACUGCUGCAUUUAUGGAUAAAGUCACCUCACCAGUUAAAAAAAUACCAUCUCCAUUAAAAAGACCACAACAGUUGGAAUCUGCUGAAGAUAAACCACAAGACUCUACUGAACUUUUCAAAAUUGACAAGGACAAUCCAUUUACUGACCAUGUGGAUUUGGCCCCUCCUUCAACCUCAAGUGCAAAAUUAGAAAUGCUUUCCCCAUCAUCACAGCUGCUUGAAUUCAAAAUCAAGCUGCCAAUAAUUGAUCUAUCUCAUAGAGAUUCUGAUUACUAUACCCCAGAGUUGGAGAGCCACCUCCCCAACAUUAUAAAGUUUCAGUCGUUGGCUAGAGGAGCUGUUUUCAGGUAUUUGAUGUUUGUGGAUAGGAUCUUAUUAAAAUCCUACCAAGAUGAGUUUACCACUCUUUUUUCAAUAAUACGUGGUAAUAAAGCCCGUUGCAAAACCGUUCAUAAACAUCGAGAUGAAUUGAAGUUGUAUAGUUUUGAGAUUAUUGAAUUGCAAUCAAUAAUUAGGAGAAAAUUUGUUGCUAACAAAAAACCCAAUUUCACUUCUAUCACCAAUGAUGUCGAGACGGUCGAAUUACAAAGUAUGAUUAGAGGUAAACUUACGAGAGAUUGGAAAAGAUACGUUACCAACAGAUUGGAGAACUUCACUCCUCAAAUCAUUGAUUUCCAAUCAUUGGUCAGAAUGAAAUCAAUUUAUUCCAAAUCAAACAAAAUCAUUUCUCAUAAAGGCGAAAUAUUACCAUCACUUAUUGAAUUACAGUCGAUUGCACGAAGCCAAUUGUAUCAUCGAUUCUCUAGAUCCAACGCCAUUGACGAAACUGAAAUUAUUAAAAUCCAAUCAAUCAUUAGGAGAAAUGCUGUUAUUGAAGACCUUUACACGAAGCUUUCCAAAGUUCGUUCCAAUAAACGUAGAUUGAUAGAGUUGCAAAGCAUUGCUCGUGGAGGGGUUGCAAGAACAAAAUUAUGCAACAGUGUUUUGGUGGCAUUAAUUUAUGAAGACGGGAUAUUGAAUCAACUUUUUGCCAAAAUUAGAGGCGACAAUUUCCGUAAGAAAUUUAAUAGUCAAAAAUCAGAGUUAUUAAAAUAUGAAAAAUCUUCCAUCAUACCAGUUCAAACUUUAUUCAGAGGAGUUCUUUCCCGUUACACCAAAGAAGUCACACUUAGUGAUAUAUUUGAUCAGAUUGACAGUGUGAUCACUUUGCAAUCCAUCGCUCGUGGGAAGUUGAUGAGAGGACUGAUUUAUAAGUUCAGUGACUACUAUCAAAAACACAUUAAGCAAGUAGUCAAAGCACAGGCAAUAUUGCAACGUAUUUUUGCCCAGAAUGCUUACAAACAGUUGAUAACUAGUAAAAACCCUUCCCUCAAGGUUAUUAGAAGGUUUGCUCCUUUAUUGUCAAACAACGAGCGUGAUUUCCAAGACGAAAUGACACUAUCAGAUUUGAAAGAUUUGAUUAUUGAAAAGUGUAAAGCCAAUGAAGAGUAUGAAAGCCAAAUUGAACAACUUGAUAUGAAGCUUGGAUUAUUGGACAAGAAUAAAAUCAGCAUUGAGGAGUUCCUCAAACCAACAAAGGGUAAAACUUUCAAACCUAUUGUGGAAAAUGUGAAAAAUUUAGAACGAUUGAAUAAAUCAUUGAAGAAGAAAAUUGAAUUAUGGCAAACAUUGUUUUAUUUCAUUCAAACCAAUCCAAUUUAUUUGACAAAAUUGUUUAAUUCAAUUCCAUACAGUAAAAACCAAACAAAAUCGAGUCAAGAUUUGUUCCAGUCGGUAAUUCAAUUAUUUCCAGUAAGAGAUUCAUCUAUUACUUAUCAUUCUCGUGAAGAGUAUUUUUUAGUCAAGCUUAUGAUUCAGUUAAUGCAAAAUGAUACAGCUAACUCGAACAAUUUGGGUGACAUCACCAAGUUGCAUUUGACAAACUGGAUAGAUUUCUUUACUAAUUUCAAUAAUCAUACAUUCCAGAGACAGCAUUUGAAGGCCAUUUUGGGGAAGUUUGUUAUACGAAUUGUUGACAAUGAACAAGUGGAUUUUGAAUCGGAUCCAAUCAGAAUUUACAAUCAAAUUAUUGAUCAUGAGAUGAAAGUUUAUGGUCGUAGUGAUAAAUCGCGUGAUAUUUCACCACAAGCAGCUAUUCAAUUACCAGAAGUUAGUAAGAAAUUUGUGGGCAAUUUAAUGUCAUUGAGAGAAGCUUGUAGCGAUUUACUUUCAAUGUUGCAAAAAAAUGCUUCUGGAAAUAAAACUUUGUCGCAAAUCCCAGAUCAUGUGAAAUUGAUUUGUCGUCAAGGUUACUUGUGUGCUCAAAGAAAGUUCCCCGAUAAAUCCGACCAACAACAUUUAGCUGUCGCUGGGGUUAUAUUUGUUAAGCAUUAUCUUGGGUCUAUUUUGCAAGUACCAGAGAACUAUGGAAUUUUAACUGGUGAUAAUGAUACCCAGAAAGCUAAAGGCAAAGACAAUUUGCGAUACUUGUACCGGGUUAUGUUGCAAUUGUUUUCAAUGAAACCAUUCAAUGACAAUUUUUUGAAGCCAUUGAACGAAUACAUUAUGGCAAGUGUUGACACAGUUAAAUCUAUUAUUAGCCAGGCAAUUAUCAACGUGGGUGAAAUUGAAACUGUAUAUGAGUUACAUGAUUAUGAUGAUCUUGUGACACACCAGAGACCUAAAUUGGCUAUUAGUGUAAACUCGUUGAUUCAGUUGGAGAAAUCCAUUUUGCAAAAUGUUGAUAUUAUUACAACAGGCAAUGAUGAUCAAUUGUACAAAACAUGUGUUGAGGUAGAAAAAUUGUUGAUUUCCCCGCAAGACAUGUUGACUUUGACCGAUUUAUCAUCGAUCACUUUGAACCUUAACCCUACCACUCAAGAAGAAUCUAUGAUUGAUUCGAAAACUAAAACAUUGUUCACACAAGCCAAGCGGUGCUUGUUAUAUAUCAUUAGAGUACAAGAAGAAGAUGACGGUAAUGAUUUAUUGGAGUUGUUAAUAUCGGGAAUCAAACCAAGUCACGAACAAAAAUUUAAGGAAAUCGUUCAAAAUGAAAAGGCUGAACAAGAUAUGUCCCUUAACAGCAAGGGUGUGACUGCUAACACAGUCAGUAAAAAGACCUCUACCAGACCAUAUUCGAGUACAUCAUUAGGGGACUUGUCGAGUUUAACCUACCAUGAAUUGAAAAAAAUGUGCUUGGAAAUAAUUCUUAAGCUAGAAUCAAUGGGAGAGUUGACACGGAAAAACUCAUUUCAAACUUUGCUCAAUCAAAUAGCUAUGGAUAUUAAAACAAAGGAUUCUCAAAGACAAUGUCGUUGGCAACAAUUACAAGUUUCUCAAAAAACUAUCAAGAAAUUGUCAGACAAGGAAAACUACUUGAAAACGCAAUUGCACAAUUAUAAUAAACACGUUGAAUCUGUAUUAUUGGAAUUACAAUCAAAAUCAAAAUCAAAUGAUAAGAAUUGGAAAAGAAAGCUAUUUAACAUUAUGGUUAUCCCUGUUUUCAGUAAGCAAUAUUUCUAUCAUCGUGAAUUGAGAAAACAUAAUCGUUUACCUAAAUUUGGUUCAUAUAAAUACCUGGCCAAAAAAUUGAUGGAUCAAAAGGUCCUUAUUGAUUUUUCUACUACCAACAAUGUUGCGACAGCAUCAAAGUUAGAUUUUAUGUUUAGUUGUCAUCAAGUUGGUAAAUUUACUAUUGAAGUGGCCUCUGGUACGGUGAACAUUCCUGGUGCUACUAACACCAUAACUUUAGAUGAAUUGUUAGCAUUGCAAUAUGAGAAUAAAACUCAAUUUGAAUUAUUUGAUGGUAUGGCCACGUUUGAUUCCAAUAAUUUCAUGGGAUUAAUAUUUAGAAAGUUCUAUGAUUUGAAGAAGGAUUAA